UGUCUUUUCUUUCUCAAUGCAGAGAAGUCAUUCAGAAUUCAAAAGAGGUUCUGAGUUUAUUGCAAGAAAAAAACCCCACCUUUAAGCCGGUGCUUGCUAUAAUUCAGGCAGGUGAUGAUAACUUGAUGCAGGAAAUCAACCAGAAUUUGGCGGAGGAGGCUGGUCUGAACAUCACUCACAUUUGCCUUCCUCCGGAUAGCAGCGAAGCCGAGAUUAUAGAUGAAAUCCUGAAGAUUAAUGAAGAUACCAGAGUACAUGGCCUUGCCCUUCAGAUCUCCGAGAACUCGUUUAGUAACAAAGUCCUCAAUGCCUUGAAACCAGAAAAAGAUGUGGAUGGAGUAACAGACAUAAACCUGGGGAGGCUGGUCCGUGGGGAUGCCCAUGAAUGUUAUGUCUCACCUGUGGCUAGAGCUGUAAUUGAACUUCUUGAAAAGUCAGGUGUCAACUUAGAUGGAAAAAAGAUGUUGGUGAUAGGAGCCCAUGGGUCUUUGGAAGCUGCCCUACAAUGCCUGUUCCAGAGAAGAGGGUCCAUGACCAUGAGCUCCCAGUGGAAAACACCUCAGCUUCAAAGCAAGCUUCACGAGGCUGAUAUUGUGGUCUUGGGCUCUCCCAAGCCAGAAGAGAUUCCUCUUUCUUGGAUACAGCCAGGAACUACAGUUCUCAACUGUUCCCAUGACUUCCUAUCAGGGAAGCUUGGAUGUGGUUCUCUUGGGGUGCAUUUUAAUGGUCUCAUUGCAGAAGAUGAUGUGAGUCUCCUUGCUGCAGCUCUACGGAUUCAGAACAUGGUCAGCAGCGGAAGGAGAUGGCUACGUGAACAGCAGCACACAAGAUGGAGACUUCACUGCUUGAAACUCCAGCCUCUCUCCCCCGUCCCGAGUGAUCUUGAGAUUUCAAGAGCACAGACUCCAAAAGCCGUGGAAGUCCUUGCCAAGGAGAUAGGAUUGCUUGCAGAUGAAAUUGAAAUCUAUGGCAAAAGCAAAGCCAAAGUACGUUUGUCCCUGCUGGAAAGGUUAAAGGAUCAAGCAGAUGGAAAAUACGUUUUAGUAGCUGGGAUCACACCCACCCCUCUUGGGGAAGGGAAAAGCACAGUGACAGUUGGGCUCGUACAGGCAUUGACUGCACACCUGAACAUCAACUCCUUUGCCUGUCUCAGGCAGCCUUCUCAAGGACCAACUUUUGGAGUUAAAGGAGGAGCUGCAGGUGGCGGAUAUGCCCAGGUCAUCCCCAUGGAGGAGUUUAACCUUCACUUGACUGGGGACAUCCAUGCCAUCACUGCUGCCAAUAAUCUGCUGGCCGCCGCGAUUGACACAAGAAUUUUGCAUGAGAACACUCAAACUGAUAAGGCGCUAUAUAAUCGACUCGUUCCUUCAGUGAAUGGUGUUCGAGAGUUUUCAAGCAUUCAGCUUGCUCGGCUGAAAAAACUGGGAAUAAAUAAGACGGACCCAAACGCACUGACGGAAGAGGAAAUCGGUAAAUUUGCCCGUCUCAACAUCGACCCGUCCACCAUCACGUGGCAGAGAGUAUUGGAUACAAAUGACCGAUUUCUACGAAAAAUAACGAUUGGGCAGGCACCCACAGAGAAGGGGUAUUCCCGGCAGGCACAGUUUGACAUUGCAGUGGCCAGCGAGAUCAUGGCAGUGCUGGCCUUGACCGACAGCCUCGUGGACAUGAAGGAACGGCUGGGAAGAAUGGUGGUGGCUAGUGACAAAAAUGGGCAGCCCGUGACAGCAGAGGAUUUGGGGGUCACAGGUGCCUUGACGGUUUUGAUGAAAGAUGCAAUAAAACCAAAUCUGAUGCAGACCCUAGAAGGGACACCUGUCUUUGUGCACGCUGGCCCCUUUGCUAACAUCGCCCAUGGCAACUCUUCAGUGUUGGCUGAUAAAAUUGCCCUGAAACUGGUCGGUGAAGAAGGAUUUGUAGGUAAGUCAUUUCUGUUAAAUUCAGUUGUUGUAGAAAAUGGAAGAAAUCUAAAAGUUGAUGACUGAGCAAGAGUGCUGUCCAUUCUGAUUCGAAAUUUAUUCUUUUAGACCCACCUUUCAUAGAUGGUCUCAAUGUUGGAAAAGCCCUGUGGUCUGGUCUAUACUAGUGAAAUGAUGUUGUGUUCAAACCGUAGAUCCUGAUGUCAGGUACCCAUGGGUUUGAAAAUGAGCU